CUUCUCCGCGAUGGCCGCGUUUCGGGUGCCGCCGGCGGUUGCGGGGCGUUCGCAGCCCGAUCUCUGGCGUGCCCCGGGGAGCAGAGGGGCGCGGCUGUAGUGGCGGGGUCGGUCGGUUCGCUUGUGGCUCGGGAGCCGUGCAGGAGCUUCAUGGAGGCCGAGCCCGGAGUGGGGCUGCUUCUGUUGUUGUGCGCGCUGCUGGCGGAGGCGAGGGAGCGAUGUGAUAACGGCAAGUUUAAGCUGCAAAUGGAUUUGCCCCCAGUCGAAGAGCUGAGCUGUCCUGAACCUGUCUGGCCACUUCCCGAACUGGUCAUUCCAAGUCUGGCCAAGGUGUAUCCUGAGCAGGAAGCGAUUCAAGUGUGUAUGGACAAGCAGAUUGUGUACAAUGUGCGAAUCCCAAACAGCGGCAUCCAUCGACCCAACUGGGCAAUUUAUGGAGAAUACUUGUACAUCCCUGCCCAGCGCUGGGUGCACAACCUGCAGCAUGGUGGGAUUGCCUUCCUUUAUCAUCCUUGUGUGCAUCCGCGACUGAAGGAGGGGCUGACCUUGUUGGCCAGGGCUUGCGUGCAGAAACACAUCGUCACUCCUCACCUCAACCUCAGCCAGGAACGGCCCUUGGCCUUGGUUGCAUGGGGUAAAAGCCUAGAGAUGUCAGAGAUUGACCUUGCGGAAGCUGUCAGCUGGCUGACAAAGAGUGCAAACCGGGCUUAUAACUCCCAGGUGAAAGAAGAUGGGGUAUACAAAUUUCUGCUGAUCCAGAAAGCAAGGCCGGUGUCAGAUAACAAUGACGGCAUUAUCUGUCCUGCAGAUCAAGUCAAGAAACUGCAACACUACUUCAGGAAGAGGGAUCUUCAAUCAACGUUAUCAAAAUGGGAUAAAGUUAGAGAUCGCAUGAUGAGACGUCAGUCUGCCAGGCAUGUAAUUUUGAGGAGGAGAAGGAAAAGAAGUCCCCAGGAAUCUGCUCCAGUCAGUGAAAAGAUCAAAGCUAAGACAUAUGUUGCAACAGUACCAACCAGCCAAGCAGUGGUAACAAUUGCCAGGGAUUUGGAGAACAACCUGGAGAGAGCUAGUGUAACUCAGAAGACAAAGGGAAGCUAUGACAUUGGAGAGAGACAGACCAGAAUGGGAAAUGAGUCCAAAUUUGCUAUGUCUAUGUUAAAAGACUCCAGCCAGACCCAUUCACGUGCUUUUCUGAGCAACCGUACGGCUGACCUUGUGAAAACGAGUAACUUGGCUGCUAAAGAGCCAGAUUCUAAGCACAACCGUUCAGCGUCUUCAUCGAAAGCUGAUUGGACUCGUGAUCAACAAGGAGAAACUGAGAAAGGUGAACAGAUUAUUGACAAAACCAACCAGCGGCUUGGGACCCCUGCCAUGAAGGAGCAGGAGAUGGGUAAAAUAACUGAAACCAUAUCUGUUGGAGUCAACAGUAGGCUCAGUGGGAAUCGAGGUCAAGUGAGUAAGAACGGGACCUCUGUUAGCGGACAAAGUAUGAAACCUCUGCAGCUCCUACAGAAUACACACAUCUCUUCCAAAAAUGACAGAGGGAAGGAAAAUGGGGAUUCUAAUAAAAGUGCCACUGGAGAGGCAGUUAGUGAGGGAAUACUGCAGAAAGGGGAGAUGGGGGUAAAUGUAACAUUGACUAUCCACAAUGGCACAGCACCUGUGGAGUCUGGAAGCAUUAAAUGCAAAUGUGAUGGCGUGCUGCCAAAUGCCCGGGUUGGCUCCAGAGGUGCAGAUUCAAAUGACUUGAAGGCAGCUGCUGAAGACAAGGUGAAAUACGUGCCCACGCCGCGGACGGAGGAGGCGGCCUGGGCAGCUGCAGCCCUCACUUUCCUCUUUGUGUUCCUUACACUGGGAGUCUUGUACACGGGGCUGUACAAAAAGUUCGUGAAGAGCAACAGCCUGUAUUGGGCACCGGUUCCGGCCGUCGAGGGGAAGGAAAAUGUAGCAGAUAUUAUAAAGAGAAGAAUCACCAGGCUCGGCAAGAAGAGGAAAAAAAGGCCUUUACACAAGAAGAAAUCCGUUGCACCUUAUGAUGUCUUGCCAAGUGACAACAGUGACUGACUGUAACAAAGACGAUGAUUAGGCCUGGCAUUCCGUUCCAUGAAGUGACAUAAUUGCUCGGACAAUGCUGUCACAAAGUAACCAUGAACAACAGCAGAGAGGUGGAACCAUUUUUGGGAAAACAAAAUCGACAAUCCUGGUGUGGACGGGAAGUGGAGAAGGCAGACAUUAGAGACAUCGAAAUUAUCUUGUGUUUGAUACUUGGUUCAAUUUAAAUCAUGCUUACUGUCAGGUUUAUUUUGAUGCACUCUACAAUUGAGCUUUCAUUUGUGCCUUUAGGACUGGAGAGAAAUCUGAACUUCUUCAUAAUUUCUAUAUGUAGAUUUUACAAGUUCUGAAAUUUUUAAUGGAGAUAUAAACCAAAGUUCGAUGUGGUAUACAUCAAAUUGCACUGUCAGGGUAAUUUUGCAGUUUAUUCCCUUGCAUGGUUUAAAUUAUCCAUAGUUGAGUUUUUAAAACAUGAACAUUUAGCGACAUCAUAUGUGGCAUUAAAAUAGAGCUGUCAUUUAUUUGGUCUUUCUAUGGGAUCAGAUGGGAUAAGGUGUAUAAAUUGGUUUCUUUGCUGCAGACACAGUCAUAUCAGCAAGUUAUUGCAGAAUCAACUCUUGCUCAGCAAAUGACAAUCACCAGGAUAAGGUUCCUCAGUUUAAAUAAUUCAUUAGUAACACCUUUAGUUAGGAAAGCUAUAUAAAAGCAAUCAUUGAUAUUUAUUAUUUUUGUGAACUAGGGUUAGGCUUCAGGAUUAAGUCAAACACACCAGCAUUCUUAUCCAGGCUUUCAGAUGAAAGUGAAUCUCCCAGAUCCUUAAUUUGUAGGUACAAUUCUAACGGAAAUUAAAUCCUCUUUGCCUAAAUUGCUACAAGUAACAUAAGACUGUUGAUCAGGAAUUAAUGAUUUACAUUGGUGAUCAAUUUCCCCUUAUAUCUGGGUAUAAUAAAGAAAUCAGUUCAAAAUCUUAAUCUGAUGUCAGAUCCUCCCAAACAUUUUCUGUUGGUCAUCUUCAAGAUAAAAUGAUUGAAAAAACUUGUAGGGUGCAUGCAAGGAUCAAUGUCCCUACCAUGUACAAGUGGUGCCUUCUAGUUAAUGAGGAUUACUCUGGCUGCAAACUAGGUUCUAGACUGAAAUAGUUUUGAGUCUGUAAGUAAAACAUAUGUGAAAUAAAAGCUGCAAUGUAGCAGGAGAAAUUUUACUGCAGGGCCAUAGAAUAAGAUACAGACUAAAAGGGUAAAACAUUUAAUACAAAAUAUUUUUUAUAAUUCAAAUGUAGUUAAUAAAAAUUGAAAAUAGUGCUUCAGAACAAAUUUAAAUUAUCAAAUUUGCUUCAGCGUUGAUCCAGUUUUGUCUGCACCCAACUUAGCUACCAGGUUUGAAUGGUGGGUGGAGGCUUGAAACAAAUUCUGCAGCAGUGAACUAAAUAGGGAGGCAGAGGAUGGGCAGAGAAUGUGAUUCUUCACUCAGAUCUGUCUCGAUAUGGGCUUUAUCACUAGGGAAUUGUUAAUGUUGAAUGGGAAAUAAUUGCUAAAUGGGAAUAAUAAUUUGUAAAACUUGUGUAAUUUCACAUCAGAACUGAUUGCUAUUCUUAGUGAACAAUGUGAAUUUUUCAUGGGGAAAAUAUUUGAAUGUUUAUGAUAACUGAUUUUGUAUGUUCCUAAAAAUUAAAAUUUCUUGACUUAUGUUCUUUCAAGUUGACAGAUGCUAAUUUUCUAAAAUAUACUCACACACUGA